AUGCCGUCCUUAGUCGGCCUCAGUGCAUCUUCCGAUACAGAUACACCCGGCCUACGUGAAGGACGUGCUUGCCGUAACUGUGCACAAGUGAAGGAGAGAUGUCUUCCGUUCACUGGCGAUACUGAUAGCGCAGCGACUGCAACCAUUUGCCAGCGAUGCCAUCGCCUCAAGAAAACAUGCAGCACUCCGGCCCCAGUAGCCCGUAAAAGGCCUCGUACAUGUACAGCAGUACACGGUGGCCGUCAACCGCCUACUCCGGCCGCGACCCCGAACUCCAGCAAUCGCCACACGGCCAUAGCAGCCGUUCAGGCUUCAAGCGCUCAGGAGGGAGCCCUGCUUGCAAGCGCGACCCUCGAUGACCUCGACGUCGAAUUCAAGCAAACUCUCCUGGACGACUUCCGGAGAGACAUGGCUGACCAAUUCCCCUUCUUGACCUCCCAAUUCGAGCUCUCAGAUGCAGCCAGCUACAGCAAAUCAGCUGACUACGCCACCUGCGCCGAGAAAGCUCCCUUCAGCGUCGCCGUUGCAAUCAUGGCUGCGCUUCAUCGUCACUGCGUUCUUCAAAAGCACGUCGCACGUGAAGUACUAGCUUCACUGGUCAAUGCAAUGCUGAUUCAUGGUCGCAAGUCGAUGGACAUGUUGUUCGCCAUUAACAUACUGGAAGCCUGGUAUCCUUUUCACUUGAUUGCGAAUCCACAGAUGAUGAAUCUUCUACAUCUCGGCCGAGCUCUCAUAGUAGAUCUUGGCCUGGCACAGCCACCACAUCCAAACGGAGUUCCUCCACGUCUCUGGGCCGAUAUCAACCACCUGAUCUUCGGGAGGAACUCCGGGCCACACGAUCUCGGUGCAGGUUAUCGCGCAAUGAUGGGGCUUUACUACAUUGGAAGCUACUACGCCAUUACCCUGCGUAGAUCAGAGUUUCCGCACUGGAGCGAGAUCAUGGAAACAAGCUGUCAAUACGUUGAGGAGCACGCCAACGGCCCCUUGGAUGUGCAAGCAGUACAUUCUAUACGCCUGCUACAGCUAGCAGAGCGUUACCUGAACCCCAAAGGCGUGCAACCAUCUCAGACCAUGACCGUCAGAGCUUAUGUGGCCUGCUUCCGAGCCGAUAUCCAGAAGUUUCGCAGCGCGCUCCCACCACAGCUUGUCACCCACCACCAAUUCCAGCUGGACAUUCAGUCCCUCGAAAUAGCUUUGUACGACCGCAUAUUCACCAGCGACUGCCCCCACCAUGCCGAGAAGAUUGAGGCACUUCAUGCUUUACUGGCACUGGUAAGCAACUACAUUGACGCCUAUCUAGCCAUCGCCCUGGAAAGCUUUCCCCUAAUGACCUCGACAUGCAAAGGGCAAAUCUCUCAAGUUCUGGAAGUGCUGUCCAAGUUGUCAGCACUCACUGGUCUAGAUGGCUGGGAUGUCAACUACGUCCGCACCCAUCUGAACUUCGGUCAUGUGUGCGACCGACUGAUAGAUAAGUUUGAAGAGGUCUUCCUAAACGAAAGAGCGCGCUUCCCAGACAUGGAGGCAUCGCAGUUUGCCAUAUAUCCUAUCAAGGUGAGGCAGCGAAAGAAGUUCUUCGAAGAGAUGAUGGCGAAGGAGGUGCAACAAGCGUUGAAUCAAACAGCAUAUCCCACCGCGCAACAGAUGGACCCGCUUGGCAUGACUCUGCCGGAAGGGUUUGACGAGUACCUGCAGUGGUCGUUCCCGACCGAGGCCUUCUCUUGGCCUUGA